UCAUGUGCAUAGAUCGCGAAGGGACGUCGACGAUAAGACCGACAAUAUACUUCACAGAUGUUCACACAUACAAGUUAUAUAAGAGAAGACGAACUUUCUCUCGACAGAGGGGUGACAUCCGUAGCCCAGCUAAGCCAAGAUGAAGUUUCUCGUCUUGUGCGCACUGUUCGUGGUCGAGGCGCAAGGCCGUGAGAUGGUGCCGCCAUCCGUGGAGCCGUUGUCGGACGAAAUGAUUAACUUCAUUAACAGUAUCAACACAACGUGGAAGGCUGGUAGGAACUUCGACGAGAACGUUCCCUUCAGCUACAUCAAGGGCCUGAUGGGCGUCCUCCCCGACAGCAAGAAGUACAGGCUCCCGCUUCACUACCACGAGGAAAUCCCGGAAGAUCUGCCAGAAUCGUUCGACGCCCGCGAGAAGUGGUCGCACUGUGACAGCAUCCACGUCAUUCGUGACCAGUCCAUGUGCGGAUCAUGUUGGGCAUUCGGAGCCGUGGAAUCCAUGUCAGACCGCAUCUGCAUCCACACCAAUGGCAGGGUUCAGGUGAACAUCUCGGCCGAGGAUCUUCUCACAUGCUGUCGUCAGUGCGGCUACGGGUGCCGAGGAGGCUAUCCUACAGUGGCCUGGCAAUAUUACAAGGAUGAAGGUCUUGUAACCGGAGGCCUAUACGGAACCGACGACGGCUGCCAGCCUUACGACUUCCCCCCGUGUGAGCAUCACAUCAAGGGUCCACUGCCUAACUGCACGGGCACGAAACCAACGCCGAAGUGCCUGCAAGUUUGCCGCAAAGGAUACGAGAAGAGCUACAGCGAGGACAAGCACUUCGCAAAAAAAGUUUAUAGCCUUCACAGGGACGAGACCCAGAUCGAGACUGAAAUAUACGAGAACGGGCCUGUGGAAGCGGUCUUCACCGUCUAUUCUGACUUCCUGGUGUACAAGAGCGGUAAGAACGCUUCGACUGUGGCUUCGUUGAACUUAUUGUUUCCAUCACUUUGCGGCCUCUUUCCCGCUUCCGCCGCCCACCGUAACAAUUUUGUGUUUGUGCUUAAAAAACGCGGGUUUGAAGAUUCGUUGCAUGUCCCUUCUUGUGGUCCCGCGUACCAUCUCCUGCUAAUAAUUUUGUCCACCUCUGGGAUCACCACAGAAAAGAGAGCGAGAAAACACUUAAAUCCUUAUUUCUUACCAUGCGUUACAUGAGGAAAGAGGCAUUCU